GUAGUUCUGGAUUAUAAACCAUGAGACAACACUGCUGCAUACAGAGCAACGGUGCCAGUGCAUACUAGUGUAUACUCUGGGAGGGAAGACUUUUCAGGAAACAAUUUUUAAAUUUCUUUUUUCUUCUGAUGCAUGCUCCACAUUUUUCCAGUCAACCUUUCAAUUUGAGAGUUUGGUUACUGAAGAAUAUAUUUCAUUUUACUUCAAAAUCACUGUAUUUAUUGAAAUUGAGGAAAAGAGUGUGCGCCCAUCUGGAUUGAAAUCAUGUAUUUGAAGAAUAGAAAUAAUGCAAUCAACACAGAGAGGAGCAAGAAGAACAUAAAAGGGAAACCAUGUUCUUAUUUACGGUCAGGCACCCAUCAAGAAGAAAUCCUGACUUUGACAUCACCAAAGGAGAACAAGGUGGAGAGAAACAGAAAGGGGACAGAGGAUGAGGAGUCGCUGCAGAGGACCGCCUUCGGGAAGGCCGUGUACAACAUGACCCAUUCGGAGAGGGUGAUGGACGACCUGACGUUUGGACGGCGCGUGGGAUUUUACGAGUUGAAGGGAGAAAUCGGUUCUGGUAACUUUUCGCAGGUUAGACUGGGAAUACAUGACUUGACUAAAGAGAGAGUAGCAGUGAAAGUCCUGGAUAAGGAGCGCCUGAGCAAACACGCCCAAGCUCUCUUUGCCUCUGAGAUCACCUGCAUGGAGAGGCUUUCCCACCCCAACAUAGUGCGCCUGUACGAGGUGGUGGAAACCUUCAAGCGCCUUUACCUGGUGAUGGAGUAUGCCAGCGGAGGGGAGCUGUUCUCCAGGAUCACCACCAAGGGGCGCCUGUCGGACCUUGAAAGCAAGCUGGUGUUUUCGCAGGUUCUCUCGGCAGUCAAGCACAUGCAUGAUAAUAACAUUGUCCACAGGGACCUGAAGGCUGAGAAUGUGUUCUACACCCACACCUACUGCAUUAAAGUCGGGGAUUUUGGUUUUAGCACGUGUUGCUGCUCCAGUGAUGUACUCCACACAUUCUGUGGCUCUCCACCUUAUGCAGCGCCUGAGAUUUUCAAAGAGAAAGGCUACAUUGGACGCUAUGCAGAUACUUGGGCUCUGGGUAUUUUGCUUUACUUCAUGGCGACCGCCACAAUGCCCUUUAAAGCAGCCACCACGACCCGGUUGAAGAUUUGCAUCCUGCAGGGUUCUUAUGUCAUUCCCUCAUACGUUCCCCAAUCCUGUCAGGAGAUAAUAAAGGGCCUCCUGAGGCCAGUUCCCGUAGACCGCCUCACCUUGGCGCAGAUUAUGACGAGUGACUGGAUGACGGGCAUCGAGUACCCUCAGGCCUACCCGCCCUCCAGACCUACUCCGUCACACCUGGUCGACCAGAACCAUGUCCUCACCUCAGAGGAUCUGAGCGUGAAAGUGGUGCUGGAGGAUCUUGGCAUCAGCGCGGUUCAUCUCCUCAACAACAGUCUUGACUUGAGAAGCCCUGUCACUGGGACUUACCGGAUCGUGCUUCAUCAGAUCCAGAAGAGAAGAUCAAUAGAGGCUGCGGGUUACAGUCGGACACGCACGAGUGAGUCCCUGAACAGACUGAGGAGGAAAGCUGGGUCAGAGGGCCAUCUGUACAAGCGCCACUCUGUGGUCUGUGCCAUCAUGUAGCUCCAUCUUUUGCUUUUUAAGAUGUGCUUCCACUCUGAGCUGUAGGGUAUGGUCCCAACUUGGACAUUUUCUGCAAUUGUGAAAAACUUUUUAAGACACACUCACUGUAACUUGAUCCUCUUUUUUUUUUUUUUAAUGUCCACACACUUUGAUUUAAGUGCAAGUAUUUUGGCAAUAGCAUGAGGUUUCUGAAGAGACAGAGCAUGAUUUCAUGUAUUAUGAAGGUUUCUGAGAAUGUACACAGUAGCAUGCUCCAUGAACAUACUUGGCCUCUUUCUUGUCCACUGAAAUAACAUCCAGAGUUGUUGCAACUGGAGCUGCACUUAAAUCAGCUGAGCGUGAAGGAAAUUUGUUGAAGGUUGUCAGUGACCCUCUUCCAAUUCUGAUUACAGGAAUUUAGAAAUAUAAAAACAAGUCAGGAGAGUUUUUUUUAUUUGUAGAUUAGUGAAAGCAACCAGCCGUGCAUUUUCCAUGCCUGCAUCACCCAGUUCAGGGAUGCAUGAGUCAAAUUUGUCCUUUACCAAAUCUAAGAACUCAGUUUAAGAAAAUGCUCCCUCCUCCAAAAGCAUCGGCAAGGUAAAGAAAAUUUAUUUAAAUGUUGACAGCAAACAUUCGCAUUUGACAUCAAAACCUGACUAUCCAAAAGAAUGUCAACAUUUUUCUUUGCAGAAAAGUUGAAUGAUUGUUUACAUAUAAGUGGCCUGUUUAAGAUCAUGUUGCAACAUGUCAUAGGAUUUAAGUCCUAUGACAUGGA